AUUUCCACCGGACAGACGCCGCUUCCGAGCGGCGCAAGCAGAAGAGAGGCCGGGAUCGUGUUCCGAAACUGUCGCUGCUGCGUGCGCCGGGUUCCCCCUUUGACCAAGCGCGCGGCCAUUCCGCAGGCGCCGAAAACGGUCCCCUGUCUUUUUUGCGGCGAUUGUGGUUCUUUUUUGCUUUCAUCUUUCCCACAUUCUUCGACGGCCACGCGCGCCAACAAGACAACCCCCGCCCUGGACUGCAGGAUUGCGCGCCGCCCCGGGCAGAUAGUUAUCGAAUGGCCUUUGGAUGGUUUCCUAAGCCGCGAUUCUGGCAUUCGGGCUUUGAGUAUGUGGUGAAAAAUGGCGUUUUUGGAGCUAUGCAAUUACCCCCCGCCCCCCCCCCNAAAAAAAAAGGGGUGGCAGUGACCAAAGGCGGCUGCAACCCCAGAUGGUCUUUUUUGAGUGGAAGCGUCUUGCUGACGAAACCGCGUUUCUGUCUCAGCGUUUACCCUGUCUGUUUUAUGUGA